ACCUUCACUGUUAGAAGUGACGUUCAAGCCGUAGGUCGUGUUUUGUACGCCCCUGUUGUCAUUUUCGUGGAGCACAACACACUAUACUUUUUAGUUUUCAUUUGUUUCAAUUCCAAUUCUAAGCCAACUAUCGCAAAAGGCAUCGCGAAAGCAAAAAGUGUAUGUGCGACUCACACACAAAACAAAACCCGCUGAAUUCGUAGUUUCGCUGUUUUUUUUCUUUCGUUUCUUUCACGAUUUUGUUAACGAUUUUCCCAAGUGAAGUUCACAAAAAGCAGGCGCAGCGAGUAUGGGCAGUUGCGUGCAGCUGUAUUAGAUUUGUUAUUAGGGAAACUUUAUUUUCCUGCUCCUGCUCCAAUCUUGGUUACACGGAUAGUAUAACGUUUUGUGGAUCGCCCGUCCUUGGAUAUUUAGUGUUCAAGUAAAUCGUUCUGCGAAAAUUUUCUUGUGGUGGUUCUAGUGGAGGUGAAAAAUCAGGGGAGCAUUUUCGGGGCUGAUAAGGAGUGCAAGAGAGAGUGAGAGGAAGAGAAAAUAUUAGAUGAGCAAAGAGCCUAUGAAAAAGUGACCACAAGCUAAUGUGAGAGAGAGUGGGUGGUUUGUAUCUAGCGUACGAAGAGCAUCCUUUCAGGCGGGGGGGGGGCGCGUGGAAAAUUUGGUGAAAAUUCUCGAAAGGGAAAAUCGAUGCUAGAGAACGAAAGAGCAUAAGCUUCGCAAAGGAUCAUCGCUCUGUCAUUGUGUGUGAUAACUGCUGAGGGAGUGUGAUUUCCUUUUUUGUUUCCAUUUGGUAGCCGGGGUUGAUGAAACCCUCACGUGCGGUCAAAUAGGCAGCGACUACAAAAUUGUUUAAUUUCCCGUAGGUUAUUAUAUUUACAUUCUCAUGCUCUUCACUAUCUUGUGGUGAGGGAAAAUUAAGGAAGAGCUGCUUUUUCCUUCAGAGCCAACGAAAAGCUUUCAUCGCACAAGUGUGUGCACGAGGUGUAGCAAAGAGCAUAGCAUAAAGUGAAAGGUAAAAGAAGAUUUUGUGUUCGCGAUCGAAGGAAAGGUGAAAACUGGUCUCUGACAAGUUUCUCGUUGGUGUACGAAGAAAGGUGAAACGAGAGUGACGAGAUCUUGGGUUUGUCGUUAUCAAUAUUAUCGUUCGUUCCCUGCGGCGUGGUCCAUUUUUGGAAGAAGUGGCCAGAAGUGGAAGGAAGCGCGUGUAAUUGUGUGAGUGUCAUUCACCGUGUGUUGAAUUCAGCUGAGCAGGAAACUACGCUCCAAAUCGUGACCAAUUUAAAAAUAAGAUUGUGACAAAUAAACUAUGUCAAGUCAACAGAAGCAUCGAAUCCAGGUUCCCGAUGGAUUACGCGACGUGCUGCUAGAAUUUUCGAUAGCGUAUCUGCUCGAGCAGCCCGGCGAUGUGAUCGACUAUGCGGUCGAAUUCUUCUCCAAGCUACAGGAAAACCGGAAAACCACCAUGAUCACAUCAGCCGAGCCGAACUCGCCGGACGAGAGCAUCAUGUCACACGAUGAAGAACCUCUGGUCAACCGGUACGCUUCGCGCCGGAAGUCGGUGUUUGCCGAAACAUACGAUCCAGAAAACGACGAUGACGACGACGGCGCCCGGGCGAUAUUCCCCAAAACGGACGAACAACGGGCGCGGUUAUGCGACUCGGUCAAGAACAUCCUACUGUUCCGCUCCCUAGACAAGGAACAAAUGAACGAAGUGUUAGACGCAAUGUUCGAGAAGAUAGCGAAAUCAAAAGAUUACAUCAUAAAACAAGGAGAUGAUGGGGAUAAUUUCUACGUUAUCGAAUCAGGAGUAUACAAAGCUUAUGUCGGAGAGGAUCAGAAACAUAUACACACGUACGAUAAUAGCGGUAGUUUUGGAGAAUUAGCUCUCCUGUACAAUAUGCCAAGAGCCGCCACCAUUCAGGCGGAAACGGACGGUCAACUGUGGGCGAUGGAUCGUCAGACAUUCCGAAGAAUCCUGCUCAAGUCCGCCUUCAGGAAACGAAAAAUGUAUGAAGCAUUGCUGGAUGCCGUUCCCAUAUUGAAAACACUACAGAACUACGAACGCAUGAACCUGGCCGAUGCUCUUGUACCUCAUACCUACACCAAAGGCGAACGGAUUAUCAAACAAGGCGAUGCUGCCGACGGCAUGUACUUCAUUGAAGACGGCAAGGUUUCGAUUCGCAUUCAGCAGGACGCCGGGGAGGUGGAAAUUUCGAAUCUAGAGAAAGGGCAAUACUUUGGGGAGUUGGCACUGGUAACACAUAGGCCACGGGCAGCCUCCGCUUACGCUGUGGACAACGUGAAAGUGGCAUUUUUGGAUGUUGACGCGUUCGAGAGACUUCUCGGCCCCUGCAUGGACAUCAUGAAGCGCAACAUCGAUGACUACGAAUCCCAGCUGGUCAAGAUCUUCGGUAGCAAAAACAACAUUACCGACAUUCGAUAAGCAAAACUAUUCCACAACAACAAUCACUACCGCUGCUCGCACUAGUAACGCUAGUCGAGUGGCCGCUGCCGCUUCAAACCAAGAGUGUAUGAUCCCUCUGGGACGAGUACUACACUGCGUCUGACACCACGUUUGGGUUCUCCUUCAACAUCCUUCCAUCACAAAUCGACAGCAGUGUGGCCCAAACGUCGUCCACUUCUGCAGUUAGUACACCAGCGGGAUCAGCCAGUCCUGGUGCAGCGCAGCAUUAGAGCAUUCUCGUACCCGGAACGAUAAGGAAUAUAUUUAUUAUAAUGAAGCAAAAACAAAAGAAACUAACACUGGACGCAGCAGUCAGCCAUCAUGAUUCGUAAGUUAUUUGUAAAACUAGAUUAGCUAACACUUUAAAAAGGGCGAGAACGCGCCCUCAUUGCAGAACUAAAGAGAAACAUAAAUUUAUCAUCAAAACUAUUCGGAUACUAAAGAAUUAAACAAUAAAAAAUAGCAUAAUAACAAAAAAUGAAGUUUGACGGUUGAAUAGAACGAGAUAAACGAUUAGUCACCACCGCCGCCACCAGCAUCAGUUUUCGAUACAAAUGAAACUAUAUGUAUUGCAAAUGAUAAAUCGAUAUGAGUAACUUGAUAUUGGAAUAGAGGACAAACAAAAAAAAAGGUACACUAUCAAUGUGAUUUCUUUCCCCCGAUCGUUCAUGUUUUUGGACGAUUCCCCAGUACUGGAAAUUAAUCACAGAAACAAGUAUAGAUAGACGUGUGCGCUUGCAGCAAACAAAUUGAAAUUAAAAAUCGAUAUCUAAAAAGUGAGAAGCAUUUGGUAACACGCUAAAUUAUCGAGUCGCAAGUAUUCGUAGAGGGAGCAAAGUGCAAACAAGAAGCAAAUUGAACUAAAAAGAACUAUUCCAAAUAAAACAUUGUAAUGGUGUAAUGAUCACUGGGACUUGGAAAGAAAGUAAUAAUCUGAAUUGAAAAUUAUUUCUGUAAUUUAUUCAAACUUGAGGCAAAUGUUAAUCCGACUAUAUUAGUGAAACAAUGAGAAAAAAAUUCAAAAUACUUCAAACAGUGUUUAAUAUAAGAUUAAAGAUAUAUCAGUAUAUAAGACAUAUUAAUAUAACGUAACUUAUUGAUCAGCAGAGAUUUAAUUUAAGAAACGUUAGGCAAAAGAUAUAUAAUAUAUUUUAAAAUGAAAUUAGAAAACAACUGCAUGAAAAAAUAGGAAUAACCUUUCGGUGAUGAAAAAUGUAAAUUCAUAAGACUAUGAUGAUGUAGCAUGAAAGGUGAUUAAUAUCAUAUGCACAAAGAUAUCCACUCAAAGAACGACGCAGAGAUCUUUUCAAAUAUUAAUUAAUAAUGCUACCGAGAAGAAGUUUGAGGCGAAAAACGUAAUUAAUGUGUCAUAUCAAGCAAAAAGAAGAAUGAGCGCAGUACUAUAUCUACUAUAAUCUCACGCGAAGUCAUCUGUUGAACUAGUGAGAACACUCCCAAGCCCGCAUUAUCACGUUCAACAUAUUUUCAAUUCAAUCACAACUUCUUCCAGAUUGAACAAUAAUAUCCAUUUGCGCAACCGAAGAAAAAAAAAUGUACUGUCGCUCAAAUGAUCUGCUUCAGUUUCAACCCUUUACUAUACUUCCGCAAAUAUUCGCAAAUGUCUUUUUUACAGAAUGUGCCCAGCCUGCCGAAACAAGUGGUUUCAAUUGUUUAAAAAAACAUAACCGAUAGCUAGUACUAGAAUUCUUUGAACGGCAUCUAUUUAUCUCAUUCGUACUGUGUUCUCAACUACAUAUUUUUCAACAAUAAUGUUUGCAUUGAAAAAAUGGAAAACUACAAAAGAUAAUUUAAUGGGACAAAUUACCCAUAAAACAUAAUUUUAUUGACCAUGUUGCAAAAGUAUUUCGACAAUUGGGCGGAGCUUUCGCCAUUGCAGUCAAAACAUACUUGUUGGCAUGUUUUUCAAUUCUUUCUCAGCUUUAUUUAUCGGUUCCUCCUCCGUUUUCGCCACGAAAUUGUUGGAGUAGACCUUCCGCUUCAGGUUAGCCCAGAUAUUAAUUCAAAUUUCUCACUCCCCGUUACAUUUCUCACCACAAUUCUCACGUGAAAUUAUAAUAACAAUUCGCAAACAAUCAAACGCCCUUACAAUUCCAACAUACACACUAGGAUUCUAGUAACAACUUUUUAAGGAAAAAAACUGACCACCACUGGCAAAAAAAAUCUAUUUUACUACUUUAUACAUGAACUAAACAUGUCAAAAAAAACAACUAUUUCGAUCACAUUUCACCGCAAGCUGUGUAGACUUAACGUACUUUUUGGAAGGAUAUAUAAAAUGAGCUUACACACAUGUAUUUUUACCCAUGUAAGACAAUAUACACAAAAGAAGCAAGGAAGUAAAACUAUUGAACUAAAACACUAAUAGCUCAUACGAUGGUGUCGUCGCCCUAUGCAUUACACUGGGCUGCGCACUUUUAAAAAAUCAAUCAAAAUCCAUUCACUCUAGAGAGAACAAAGAAAAAAAAAUCGUAAUUUCGACACGAGCUUACACACGAUUAUUUCGGGAAUUAUAGUCACGUUUAUUGCAAUUACUUAGAGAGAGAGAGAGAUUAUCUUUCGUAGAAAAUGCUGGCCAUUUUCGUUUUUCUUCUGAAGAAACAUGCAUGCAUGCUCUGAGAUCUGCUUGAAAAUUAAGAGAGCCAAAUUUAACCAAAACACGAUAAGGAUAACAUACGUUACGUUAACCUGCAAUGGUACACAGAAGAGAUAAUUAAAAAUCGACACAACAAUUGUAAACAGAACAGCGCUAGCUAGCAGAGAAAACAGAACAACAGCCAUAUUAAUCUUGAGCGGAGAAACUGCGGAAGACGCUACCACACGCAUUUGCAGUUCUCUCCAAGAUAUUUUUUUUAUUUAUCUAAUGUUAAGAGUUUUAUCGCUACUUAUUCUCAAAGAUGUUUUUCGUGUUGUUCUAAGCAGCAGUUUACGUUGCCAUCUAAGUACACAUAUAUAAAUAGGUGACCGGAAUAAAUCGCCACAGUAAACAACUGCAACAGAAACAACCGCUUAGAAAAAGUGUAGUAGGCUAGAAAUAUUUGGCGCGGGAAAAACAUCAUGUGCCUCACAUUUCUAUUAUAAAUUUAUUCUCUUGUUCUCGUUUUUCGAAAUUUAUUCUGAGGACAAUGUAAUGGGGACGAAGUCCCCAUUUGGCGAGGAUAAGGAAUCGAGGCGGCCCAUGCCGCCAAGAUGACGCAAUCCGAGUCCACCGCCGACCCGCCGUCGGAAGCGGCGGUGUCUCGCACGCAAACCUGGGAUCCACUGAUUGCCCGGUUAGUUUGAAACAUAGGAUACGAUCCUUUAGCAAUGUCCGACCGAGCUCUAGCGAGCGUCGGACGGUAUACGUCUGCCCGGGGCGUUACGUUUGCCUGGGGCGAUACGUUUGCCCGGUUAAUUCUUGUUUUGAAAUACAAUACCGCGCCACAAUAUUUAUAGCCUACUACACAUUUUAUAAGCGGUGGUUUCUGUUGCAGUCGUUUUCUGUGGCGAUUUAUUCCGGGAACCAUAUAAAUAUUAUUGUCGGAUAUGAAUAUAUUACGGUGUCAAACAAUAACAAAAAAAAUAAUGCACGUACUUUUCGCCCCCCCCCCCCCCUUUCUAAAUCGUGAUAGGAAGAUAGAUAAUCGUGUGUUGUUCCAUUUACCCUUUAUUUCCCACGCGUUUAAAUUUUUGGGUUUAGUCCGAUCAAAGUUUUCACACCACACACAAAACACAAAAAUCAAUAAGAAAAACAUAAAAUGAAAAAAAGCAUAAAUGCAGCUAAAAUGAUGACUAACGCAAAAAUGAAGAAAAAAAAUGUGAAAACACACACACGCAAAAAUGCAUACAGUUACUGUGUCUCGUUACUGAAGGUGUCGUACUAAAAGUAGUGAAGAAAUAAAGAUGAAGAGAAA